CAUUCCUACCAGCCAGUGUUUUCCACUCCAAUGUUUCUCUCAUAUCGUCCGUUUAGACAAUAGAUUCAUCCUCCAGAUCUAAUAUCUCACGCUUCUUUCACCCCUCUCCUACCCCCUGCCCCCUGUCAAAGCCUCCCACAAUGCCUGAACAUUGCACAAAAGAAACGUGUCCCAUCAGCGAUACCAUCUACGGCUAUGCACCCCAACUCGCUGCCGACACCGCCUUCCUCGUCAUCUUCGCCGUCAGUAUGGUCAUUCAUGGCAUCCAAGGCUACCGAUACAAGACCUGGACUUUCCUCAUCGCUAUGACAAUCGGGAAUCUGUGUGAAGCAAUCGGCUACGGCGGCCGCAUAAUGCUCCACUCUGACCCCUUCUCCGACUCAGGCUUCAAACUCCAAAUCUGCCUCCUAACCAUCGCUCCCGCCUUUUUCGCCGCCGGGAUCUAUCUCACGCUGAAGCACCUUGUCCUAACCUUCGGUCCGGCCUUCUCCCGCCUCCGCCCCUCCCGCUACACCCACACCUUCAUCUCCUGUGACGUCGUCUCCAUCAUCCUGCAAGGCGUGGGCGGGAUCCUCGCCUCGAUCGCCUCGCAGCCCGGCCCGCUGAUGACGUCCGGCAACGACACCAUGAUGGCGGGGCUCUCGUUCCAAGUCUUCACGCUGCUCGUCUUCGGGCUGCUGACGGCCGAGUACUUCACGCGCGUGCGCACGCACCGCGGGGAGCUGAACCCCGCGACAGAGCCGCUGCGCGCGAGCACGCGGUUUCGGUGUUUCCUGGUGGCCGUGCUGGUGGCGUAUACGGCGGUGUUGUUGCGGUGUGUGUAUCGGAUUGCGGAGAUGAGUAAGGGUUGGGGGAGUACGAUUAUGCGGGAUGAAGACUUGUUUUUGGGGCUAGAUUCGGGGAUGUGUGCGCUGGCGACGGUGUUGCUGAAUGCGUUCCACCCCGGGCUGUGCUUUGGAUACAGCAUGAGCAAGACGGGCGAGGUAGAGAAGUUGGGGUCGGCGGACUCGGAGAGGGGUCCUGUCGUUGCGGGAGAGAACGAGGAAGAGGCAGCUUGAUGGAAAUUAGAGUUCACAGUAAUGUGUUUCUGUAGAGAGACGGCGUAGAAUAGACCC